AUGGUACAAAUCAGGCUUAUUCCUAGUACACUUACUGGGUACAUAUCUACACUGACAACUCAUUGCUCUUCUAUCCGCCCUGAUAUCUCUCACAAGUCUCAUGCUCCUGCAGAAUCACCAAGUUGGUUGGCGAAGAAAAACAGACAAGAAGAAGCCCAGCAUGCUUUCCAUUUGUGCAGGGGGUGCUCAGAUGACGCGGAAAAAGAACUUAACAUCAUAUUGCAACGGCAAGAGGCAGAAAAGGAUAUUAAGAUCAGUUUCAAGGAGCUAGCUAUACCUGAAUUUUGGAAACCUUUGGUUAUAAUAGUAGUAUACAUUGUAGCAAAUCAAUGGGUAGGAGUGAAUGCCAUAACUUUCUAUACAGUCGAAAUAAUGAAGGAUACUAUAGGGGAUGGUCUGGAUGAAUAUCUUGCUAUGUUACUGGUAGAUGCUGUGAGAGUAAUAAUGUCAGUCAUUGCUUGUAUUCUAUUAAGAAACUGCACCAGAAGAUCCUUAGCACUUAUAAGUGGUGUAGGAACAUUCGUAUCUCUAUUCACAUUGAGUUUCCUUACAUUCUUCUCAAAAAUGUACCCUGAGUUCUCCCUAAACUGGGUUCCAGCAUUCUGUCUCUUCCUUUACAUUGCUGCAAUCUCUAUAGGUUUCGUUCCUUUGCCAUGGGCUCCAAUCGGUGAGCUCUUCCCUCUUAAAUUUAGAAGUAUUGGAAGUAGAAUUUGGUCUUUCAUGGCUUACACAGCUUUCUUUUCUGUCGUGAAGACCAGUCCAGGAAUGUUUAGGUCGAUUGGGAGUAGCGGAACGUUGGUAUAUGGUAUCGUACCGCUUUUGGGCACGAUUUUUGUAGCGUUCUUUUUACUAGAGACUAGAGGGAAGCCACUACAUGAAAUUGAACAAGUGUUUAAAAUGAAGAAAGGAAGUGAUCAUAGUGAUAGUAAUAAUAAUGGAACAGUUGUAUAA